AUGGCUGCUUCGAAUGGUAUUCAAGCACCAUCGAGUAUCUUUAUAGAGCCACAGUUUACACAUGACCAACAACUUAUACUAUUAAAUAAUGAAGAGCUUCGAACAAAAAAUCGUGAACAAUUAAUUGAAAAACUUGAACGAGUCAUUCAAGAAAAAAAUGCUUCCAUUACCAAACUUGAACAACGUGAACAAUACUUAGAAGAUACACUUAAAAAAAGAAAUACAGAAUUUCGUGCACUUGAAGAACAAUUACGACAAUUCGAAGAGAAGGUUGAAAAUCAGUAUUCUUUUGCUUUUUCUGAAUAUCCUAAAAAGAAAACAAUUUUAGACACGAACAUUUGA